UAGGUCCUUGAAUGUUAGCACCAUAAGUUCGCUACCCGGAGGUUCCACGCGCGGAGCUGAAGUUGGUGGCAUGGCCAACAAGAAAUUAACUCGGGUAGGCUUGCCCCAAGAUCUAUGUGACCGGCUGAGUAGACAUCAGAUUGUUACUUGUCAGGAUUUCUUGUGCCUUUCUCCAUUGGAGCUAAUGAAAAUGACUGGCCAGAAUUAUCAGGGUGUCCGUGAACUUCUCUACACAGUUAGCAGAGCCUGUGCCCCUCAAAUGCAAACUGCUUACGGGAUGAAAUUAGAGCAGUCUGGUGUCCUUUCAUCAGCUUUCUUAGCUACGACCCUUACCAGUUUAGAUGAAAUGUUACAUGGAGGCGUGCCACGUGGCUCACUCACAGAGGUCACAGGUCCUUCAGGUUGUGGCAAAACCCAGUUUUGUAUGAUGAUGAGUGUCUUAGCCACAUUGCCCACUGGCAUGGGAGGAUUAGAAGGGGCUGUUAUAUAUAUCGACACAGAGUCAGCAUUUAGUGCGGAAAGAUUAAUCAGGAUAGCAGAAUUCCGUUUCCCUAGUUUUUUCAACACUGAAGAAAAGUUGCUUUCAAUGAGCAGUAAAAUUCAUUUAUAUCUGGAACUUACUUGCAACGAUGUACUAAAAAGGAUUGAGUCUUUGGAGGAAGAAAUUAUCUCCAAGGGAGUUAAACUUUUGAUUAUUGAUUCUGUUGCUUCUGUGGUCAGAAAGGAGUUUGAUACACAACUUCAAGGCAAUAUGAGAGAGAGAAGCAAUUUUUUGGCAAGAGAAGCAUCAUUAUUGAAGUAUUUGGCUGAGGAAUUUUCAAUAAUAGUUAUCUUGACGAAUCAAAUUACAACCCAUCUGAGCGGAGACCUCACUACUCAGGCAGACCUGGUGUCUCCAGCCGAUGAUUUGUCCCUGUGGGGAGGUACUUCUGGAUCCAGUUGUAUGGCAGCUGCUUUAGGGAAUACUUGGAGUCACAGUGUGAACACCAGGCUGAUUUUCCGGUAUCUUGACUCAAAGACAAGACAGAUUGUCAUUGCCAAGUCACCACUUGCUCCAUUCUCCAUGUUCAAUUAUACCAUCGAAGAAGCUGGUCUGGUUCUUCAAGAUGCUGAAGGAGACUAAAUGUUUUCAAGACUACAUUUUGGUUUCUUCUAAGAACUUCGAAGAACCGAAGCAAGCAGAACCAGGAAAAUAAUAUGCACAAUGUCUAUUACAUUUAUUACAUAAAU